AUGGUGGAGGCUCACUUCAUGAAAAGAGAUGCCACCAUCACCCUGGUGAACGGCCAGAACCGCUGCGAGGGUCGUGUUGAGAUUUCACACUCUGGGGGCCAAGGCACCGUCUGUGACGAUGACUGGGACCUCAAUGAUGCCCAGGUGGUUUGCAGGCAGCUGGGGUGUGGCCCUGCAGUUUCUGCAACAUCAAGUGCCUCCUUUGGACAAGGCAGUGGCAACAUCUACCUGGACAAUGUGGGCUGUACAGGGUCGGAGUCGUCCCUCUUCCAGUGCAGCCACAAUGGCUGGGGCAGCCACAACUGUGGUCACAGUGAAGAUGCUGGUGUUGUGUGCUCAGGUAACACUGAUUUGACUGUCUCCAUUCUGGCACUCUUUCAGAAAGUGUCCCCUGCUGAUGCCACCAUCACCCUGAUGAACGGCCAGAACCGCUGCGAGGGUCGUGUCGAGAUUUCACACUCUGAGGGCCAAGGCACCGUCUGUGACGAUGACUGGGACCUGAAUGAUGCCCAGGUGGUUUGCAGGCAGCUGGGGUGUGGCCCUGCUGUUUCUGCAACAUCAAGUGCCUCCUUUGGACAAGGCAGUGGCAGCAUCAUCCUGGACAACGUGGGCUGUACAGGGUCGGAGUCAUCCCUCUUCCAGUGCAGCCACAAUGGCUGGGGCAGCCACAACUGUGGUCACAGUGAAGAUGCUGGUGUUGUGUGCUCAGGUAACACUGAUUUGACUGACUGUACUAUGAUUCUUUCGGAAUGUGGUCCUAAUGCCACCAUCACCCUGGUGAACGGCCAGAACCGCUGUGAGGGUCGUGUCGAGAUUUCACACUCUGGGGGCCAAGGCACCGUCUGUGACGAUGACUGGGACCUCAAUGAUGCCCAGGUGGUUUGCAGGCAGCUGGGGUGUGGUGCUGCAGUUUCUGCAACAUCAAGUGCCUUCUUUGGACAAGGCAGUGGCAGCAUCUACCUGGACAACGUGGGCUGUACAGGGUCGGAGUCAUCCCUCUUCCAGUGCGGCCACAAUGGCUGGGGCAGCCACAACUGUGGUCACAGUGAAGAUGCUGGUGUUGUGUGCUCAGACUUUCUUCCCAAGUUUUCUAUACCUCCUUCCUUCCCAGAUGCCAGCACCAUCACCCUGGUGAACGGCCAGAACCGCUGCGAGGGUCGUGUCGAGAUUUCACACUCUGGGGGCCAAGGCACCGUCUGUGACGAUGACUGGGACCUGAAUGAUGCCCAGGUGGUUUGCAGGCAGCUGGGGUGUGGCCCUGCUGUUUCUGCAACAUCAAGUGCCUCCUUUGGACAAGGCAGUGGCAACAUCUACCUGGACAACGUGGGCUGUACAGGGUCGGAGUCAUCCCUCUUCCAGUGCAGCCACAAUGGCUGGGGUGUCCACAACUGUGGUCACAGUGAAGAUGCUGGCGUUGUGUGCUCAGAUGCCCUCUCUCCCAAAGCUCCGUAUGUCCAGCUGGUGGACGGAAGGCACCCAUGUGAAGGUCGUGUUGAGAUCUAUUACAGAGGACAGUCGGGGACAGUUUGUGAUGACUUCUGGGACCUCGCAGAUGCCCAGGUUGUGUGCAGGCAGCUGGGAUGUGGCAAGGCCCUUGCAGCUCUAGGAAGUGCCUACUUUGGGCAAGGCUCAGGUCCCAUCAUGCUGGACAAUGUGAGGUGCAGCGGAGAUGAGGUGUCCUUGCUGCGCUGCAAUCACACGGGAUGGAGGAUCCACAACUGUGAUCACUAUGAAGAUGCUUCUGUUGUCUGUUCAGAAGAGUCUGAUCUAACACCAACAGAUACAACAGCCUCAGCACUGGAGACAACCUCCAUAGAAGGGACAACAUUCACACAAUCCACAUCUCUGAGAGAGUCAUCAGUGUCAGAAUCAACAGUCCUCCCGGAGGAGAAGGCAUUCCUGAGGGAGAUGUCAACAGCUGAAUUAACAACCAACACAGGGGAGGUGACACCCCCACUGCAGACAGCCACCAUGGUGCCAUCAACCCCCAGAGAAGAGACACCCUUCCGACUGGAGAUGGCCACCACAGUGCCAAUGACAACCUUAGAGGUUACAACCAACACAAGGCUAAUGACCUCCCCAGGAGAGAUGUCCACUUCACCAGAGGAGACAAUGUCAUCCACUGCCCUACCACUGCCUGAUACGACCACCACAGUGGGAUCAGACACCACAGCAGAGGAGAGCAAAACAGUAAUGAGCUCCUUAGCAGGAACAUCCAGCCCAAUAUAUCCUUCCACCGCCGCGUCAUCCAGUGCCACACCAGAGGUGUCCACCUCAGCAGAGAUGUCCACAUCCACAAAGAUGAUAACCUCAUCAUUGAUGACCACCUCAGAGGAAACAACUGUGGGAGGAGAGGGGAGCACACCAGCUUCAUCACCCACCAGUGCCAGUCCACAUUCCACAGGAGGCAGCGUGCGGCUGGCGGGCGGCAGGAACGGCUGCGAGGGCCGCGUGGAGCUGUACGACGGCAGCACCUGGGGGACGGUGUGUGACGACCAGUGGGACCUGCAGGAUGCCCAGGUGGUGUGCCGGCAGCUGGGCUGUGGCCGGCCCGUGGCUGCGCUGGACACUGCACACUUUGGCCUGGGCUCUGGCCGCAUCUUCCUGGACGACGUGCAGUGCCGCGGGGACGAGCCCUCCCUCCAGAUGUGCCAGCACAACGGCUGGGGCGUGCACAACUGCAGGCACGUGGAGGAUGCCAGCGUCAUCUGUGCAGCUGCCGAUCCAACCCCUCCUGCUCAAUGGCCACACACAACAGGAGGCAGCGUGCGGCUGGCGGGCGGCAGGAACGGCUGCGAGGGCCGCGUGGAGCUGUACGACGGCAGCACCUGGGGGACGGUGUGUGACGACCAGUGGGACCUGCAGGAUGCCCAGGUGGUGUGCCGGCAGCUGGGCUGUGGCCGGCCCGUGGAUGCCCCACAAAACGCUCGCUUUGGCCUGGGCUCCGGCCGCAUCUUCCUGGACGACGUGCAGUGCCGCGGGGACGAGCCCUCCCUCCAGAUGUGCCGGCACAACGGCUGGGGCGAACACAACUGUGAGCACGUGGAGGAUGCCAGUGUCAUCUGUGCAGCUGCCAAUCCAACCACUCCUACUCCAUGGCCACUCACAACAGGAGGCAGCGUGCGGCUGGCAGGCGGCAGGAACGGCUGCGAGGGCCGCGUGGAGCUGUACGACGGCAGCACCUGGGGGACGGUGUGUGAUGACCAGUGGGACCUGCAGGAUGCCCAGGUGGUGUGCCGGCAGCUGGGCUGUGGCCAGCCCGUGGACGCCCCAAGAAAUGCUCGCUUUGGCCUGGGCUCCGGCCGCAUCUUCCUGGAUGACGUGCAGUGCCGCGGGGACGAGCCCUCCCUCCAGAUGUGCCAGCACAACGGCUGGGGCGUGCACAACUGUGGGCACGUGGAGGAUGCCAGCGUCAUCUGUGCAGCUGCCGAUCCAACCCCUCCUGCUCAAUGGCUACACACAACAGGAGGCAGCGUGCGGCUGGCGGGCGGCAGGAACGGCUGCGAGGGCCGCGUGGAGCUGUACGACGGCAGCACCUGGGGGACGGUGUGUGACGACCAGUGGGACCUGCAGGAUGCCCAGGUGGUGUGCCGGCAGCUGGGCUGUGGCCAGCCCGUGGAUGCCCCACAAAACGCUCGCUUUGGCCUGGGCUCCGGCCGCAUCUUCCUGGACGACGUGCAGUGCCGCGGGGACGAGCCCUCCCUCCAGAUGUGCCAGCACAACGGCUGGGGCAUGCACAACUGUGAGCACGUGGAGGAUGCCAGCGUCAUCUGUGCAGAGACAUCCACCCUUCUGGAAACAAACACCACAGCACCAGCUCCCGCCACAACCGAGGUGUCCAGCCCAGCGCUGGUGCCCACCACAACGACAAUGGCUACCACAGCACAGAGCAGCAGCCCAGCUUCAUCACCCAGCAGUGCCAGUCCACAUUCCACAGGAGGCAGCGUGCGGCUGGCGGGCGGCAGGAACGGCUGCGAGGGCCGCGUGGAGCUGUACGACGGCAGCACCUGGGGGACGGUGUGUGACGACCAGUGGGACCUGCAGGAUGCCCAGGUGGUGUGCCGGCAGCUGGGCUGUGGCCGGCCCGUGGCUGCGCUGGGCACUGCACACUUUGGCCUGGGCUCCGGCCGCAUCUUCCUGGACGACGUGCAGUGCCGCGGGGACGAGCCCUCCCUCCAGAUGUGCCGGCACAACGGCUGGGGCGUGCACAACUGCAGGCACGUGGAGGAUGCCAGCGUCAUCUGUGCAGCUGCUGAUCCGACCCCUCCUGCUCAAUGGCCACACACAACAGGAGGCAGCGUGCGGCUGGCGGGCGGCAGGAACGGCUGCGAGGGCCGCGUGGAGCUGUACGACGGCAGCACCUGGGGGACGGUGUGUGACGACCAGUGGGACCUGCAGGAUGCCCAGGUGGUGUGCCGGCAGCUGGGCUGUGGCCAGCCCGUGGAUGCCCCACAAAACGCUCGCUUUGGCCUGGGCUCCGGCCGCAUCUUCCUGGACGACGUGCAGUGCCGCGGGGACGAGCCCUCCCUCCAGAUGUGCCGGCACAACGGCUGGGGCGUGCACAACUGUGAGCAUGUGGAGGAUGCCAGCGUCAUCUGUGCAGCUGCCAAUCCAACCACUCCUACUCCAUGGCCACUCACAACAGGAGGCAGCGUGCGGCUGGCGGGCGGCAGGAACGGCUGCGAGGGCCGCGUGGAGCUGUACGACGGCAGCACCUGGGGGACGGUGUGUGACGACCAGUGGGACCUGCAGGAUGCCCAGGUGGUGUGCCGGCAGCUGGGCUGUGGCCAGCCCGUGGAUGCCCCAAGAAAUGCUCGCUUUGGCCUGGGCUCCGGCCGCAUCUUCCUGGACGACGUGCAGUGCCGCGGGGACGAGCCCUCCCUCCAGAUGUGCCAGCACAACGGCUGGGGCAUGCACAACUGUGGGCACGUGGAGGAUGCCAGCGUCAUCUGUGCAGCUGCCGAUCCAACCCCUCCUGCUCAAUGGCCACACACAACAGGAGGCAGCGUGCGGCUGGCGGGCGGCAGGAACGGCUGCGAGGGCCGCGUGGAGCUGUACGACGGCAGCACCUGGGGGACGGUGUGUGACGACCAGUGGGACCUGCAGGAUGCCCAGGUGGUGUGCCGGCAGCUGGGCUGUGGCCAGCCCGUGGACGCCCCAAGAAACGCUCGCUUUGGCCUGGGCUCCGGCCGCAUCUUCCUGGACGACGUGCAGUGCCGCGGGGACGAGCCCUCCCUCCAGAUGUGCCGGCACAACGGCUGGGGCAUGCACAACUGUGAGCACGUGGAGGAUGCCAGCGUCAUCUGUGCAGAGACAUCCACCCUUCUGGAAACAAACACCACAGCACCAGCUCCCGCCACAACCGAGGUGUCCAGCCCAGCGCUGGUGACCACCACAAUGACAAUGGCUACCACAGCACAGAGCAGCAGCCCAGCUUCAUCACCCACCAGUGCCAGUCCACAUUCCACAGGAGGCAGCGUGCGGCUGGCGGGCAGCAGGAACGGCUGCGAGGGCCGCGUGGAGCUGUACGACGGCAGCACCUGGGGGACGGUGUGUGACGACCAGUGGGACCUGCAGGAUGCCCAGGUGGUGUGCCGGCAGCUGGGCUGUGGCCGGCCCGUGGCUGCGCUGGGCACUGCACACUUUGGCCUGGGCUCCGGCCGCAUCUUCCUGGACGACGUGCAGUGCCGCGGGGACGAGCCCUCCCUCCAGAUGUGCCGGCACAACGGCUGGGGCAUGCACAACUGCAGGCACGUGGAGGAUGCCAGCGUCAUCUGUGCAGUGGUGCAGCCAACACCUCCUGCUCAGGUUCAACUCACAACAGGAGGCAGCGUGCGGCUGGCGGGCGGCAGGAACGGCUGCGAGGGCCGCGUGGAGCUGUACGACGGCAGCACCUGGGGGACGGUGUGUGACGACCGGUGGGACCUGCAGGAUGCCCAGGUGGUGUGCCGGCAGCUGGGCUGUGGCCAGCCCGUGGACGCCCCAAGAAAUGCUCGCUUUGGCCUGGGCUCCGGCCGCAUCUUCCUGGACGACGUGCAGUGCCGCGGGGACGAGCCCUCCCUCCAGAUGUGCCGGCACAACGGCUGGGGCGUGCACAACUGUGAGCAUGUGGAGGAUGCCAGCGUCAUCUGUGCAGCCACCCAGCCAACCCCUCCUGCUCAGUGGCCUCUUACAACAGGAGGCAGCGUGCGGCUGGCGGGCGGCAGGAACGGCUGCGAGGGCCGCGUGGAGCUGUACGACGGCAGCACCUGGGGGACGGUGUGUGACGACCAGUGGGACCUGCAGGAUGCCCAGGUGGUGUGCCGGCAGCUGGGCUGUGGCCAGCCCGUGGACGCCCCAAGAAAUGCUCGCUUUGGCCUGGGCUCCGGCCGCAUCUUCCUGGACGACGUGCAGUGCCGCGGGGACGAGCCCUCCCUCCAGAUGUGCCGGCACAACGGCUGGGGCAUGCACAACUGCAGGCAUGUGGAGGAUGCCAGCGUCAUCUGUGCAGAGACAUCCACCCUUCUGGAAACAAACACCACAGCACCAGCUCCCGCCACAACCGAGGUGUCCAGCCCAGCGCUGGUGCCCACCACAACGACAAUGGCUACCACAGCACAGAGCAGCAGCCCAGCUCCAGUGGCCACCUCAACACCUCCACCAGCACCUUAUUUUUGUGGUGGCUCAGUCUCAGAUUCCUCUGGGGUGCUCCAGAGUCCCAACUAUCCUGGAAAUUAUCCGAAUGACGCUGACUGUGUAUGGGAAAUUCAAGUACAGAACAAUUUCCGUGUAACGCUCACAUUUAGAGACAUUGUGAUGCAAAGCGGGAUGUGCCAGCAUGACUACAUUGAAGUCUAUGAUGGACCUGUCCACUCUUCCCCUCUUCUUGGGAGAUUCUGUGCUGGUUCCUUUCCCACAUACGUGUCCUCUUCAAACAUGAUGAGUGUUUGCUUCCACAGUGACUCCAGAUAUUCCUUCAGAGGGUUUCAGGCUCAUUACUCCUCCAUUCCAGCAGGUCACAACACCACCAUUCAGUGCUUGCCAGACUACAUGCACGUGGUGGUCAGCAGACGCUACCUCCAGUCUCAGGGUUACUCAGCACGGAGUGUCACCCUGAGCGACAGCCGCUGCAGACCGACUGUCACAGCACGGGAGGUUGUGUUCAACAUUCCCUACAGCGGCUGUGGGACCGUACAACAGGAGAACAACGACACAAUCAACUACUCCAACACCAUCAGGGUUGCAUCUUCCGGGUACAUCAUCAAGAGGAAAAAGGACAUCAACUUGCAUGUCAGCUGCAAAAUGCUGAGGAAGAGCUGGCAGCAGGUGAUGUACGCUGCUGAGGACACUGUGGAUGUGGACGAGUACCAGUUUGGAAGAUACGACAUGAACAUCACCUUCUACGAUUCCCCGGCGUUCCUGCGGCAAGUGCGCAGCUCUCCCUACUACAUCGACCUCAACCAAAACCUCUACCUCCAGGCUUGUCUCCACAGCUCGGACCCAAACCUGAAGGUGGUCGUGGACACGUGUGUGGCGUCCCCUGACCCUCGUGAUUUUAACACACAGGCCUAUUACUUAGUCAGGAAUGGGUGUCCCAGAGAUUCUUCCUAUGCCACAUACUUCUCCCCUUCCAGCCACUUUGCUCGGUUCAAAUUCAAUGCCUUUGAGUUCAUGAGCCGGCACCCGUCGGUGUACCUCAAGUGCCAGAUGCUGGUCUGCAGGCUCGGGGACCGCUCCUCCCGCUGCUACCGGGGCUGCAGCUCCAGGGCCAAGAGAGACACCAGCUCUGCUGAGGAACCCGUGGAUGUGGUGGUUGGGCCCCUUCAGCUCCGAGAAGGGGAUGCUCCGAGGGGGAACACGGGAAAAGACCAGUAAAUUUCUCUCACGUUUGCUCUAGGAUAACCAACGGGCUUCAAGAAAAGCCACAGCUCUGUCGCCUGUCACUGAAAUCUGCUUUUGCCAACUUUUCCCUAAAAAGGAAGGGAUCAACACUUUGCAAGCUUCUGCUUUCACCCUUUUCAAUUUUUGUUUUUAAAGGUGUAACUUCUCUGGCUGUCCCAAAGGAGAGUUGCCUGUAAUCCCUUUUAGUGCUGUAACUCCUUGAACUGUUCUAAUUAGCUCCAGUCUGAUUGUGAAUUUGAUGGCACUUGGGGAUAUUGUUUAUUGGUGGACUUAUCUGUGCUAGUUUAAUGGCAGGACUCAAUAACCUUAAAGGUCUUUUCUAACCUAAAUGAUCCCAUGAUUCCAUGACAGCCAUCUGGGAGCAAAUUCCCAGCUUUCCUGAGAAAUAUUUCACUCCCUCAGUUGUUUUCUGCCUAUGAAGUUUACUUAGUUGAGUUGUCAUCCCUGCUAAUAUGAAGCCUGUCCAAAUAGUUGAAAGCAAUGAAUCUGUGAGUUUGCUUAUUUCUGACUUUGAUCUGGGAGCCAUCCCUUUAAUACUGGAGAUCUUUGUGCCUUGAUCUUCAAUAUGCUGAGAUCAAACCCCAAAAACUUUCACUCAUAGGGCUGGGCUCCUCUAGCAACCAGAAUUGUGGCUAUACAAUAUUCUAAUUAUUUUGAGUAUUGCUUCUAGUGCUUUAUUUCUUAUUGAAACAAUAAUGGGUCUGUGCUUAUUUAUAAAAUGCAGAGAUUUCCAAGCUAAAAUUAAUCUGUUCUGUGAGCAGUAUAAUUUAUAAUCGAAAGAAGGAAUGUUUACAAAGCAAUAAAUCUAU